CUUUUUUUUCCGCCUUUCCGCCAUCUUUACGCAACAACACCAAAAUAUCCCAAGCAUAUCCGCCACUUUGCCAUCUCCCGAAAAAGGGGGACACUCUCGCCUUCCGCCAAACGCCAGUCAAAUUUCAUCUCCCCUCCACUCGCGAAAACAAUGCCCACUUCCAAGUCCUCAAUCGAUCAUAGGGACGUCUACUAUCGCAAGGGCAAAUCCGCAGGCUACCGUGCCCGCUCAGCAUACAAGCUCCUGCAUCUCGACGAGGAAUUCGACCUUUUCACCAAUGUCCACACCGCGGUCGACCUCUGUGCCGCUCCUGGGAGUUGGAGCCAGGUUCUGGGGCAAAAGCUGAAACCGAAGAGUAAACAAGGCGGUGAGGGAACCCGAGUCGUCUCUUGUGAUCUACAACCUAUGGCGCCUUUACCAAAUAUCACGACGCUACAAACCGAUAUCACUCUUCCCUCCACCAUUCCGCUCGUGCUGGAUGCUCUCGGUGGACGAAAGGCUGACCUCGUCGUAUGCGACGGUGCUCCUGACGUGACGGGUGUCCACGAUCUCGACGCCUACCUCCACUCCCAACUUCUCCUCGCCGCGCUCACGCUGUCGUUAACGCUCAUGGCACCCGGCGCGACCCUGAUUUUCAAGAUCUUUCUCUCUCCGCUUGAUCCCCGGGCAGAGUUUUUGGCUUCGCAGUUGAGGUGUUUCUUCUCCAGUCCGCUUCCCGAAGAUAAAGAGAAGGAGGACGAAUUUGGACAGUAUGCGGAGUUUGAGGAGGAGGGGGAAUAUGCGGAAGAGGCAGGACAGGACAAAGGAGAUGAGAAGAAGAGGAAUGUGGGAACAAAAGGGUAUGAUCCACAAGGACGGCGAGGUGGGGUGUGGGUUAGGAAACCGAGAAGUAGCCGUCAAGGCAGUGCCGAGGCUUUCAUCGUCUGCCGCAACUUUUCACCUUCCUCCCUCCCCCUCCCGCCGACAUUCUCCCCCUCGGCUCUUGACAAACUCCGGACCACCACAGGAACCCUCACUCUCGAUUCCCUCUCCUCUCUCGUCCCCCAAGACGAAAGCAAAGGUGAAGAGAUUCAGGGUUUCAAAGGAAGUAAAGAGCAAGUGAAGCAGCAAUGGCACAGAUGGGAGAUGAUCAAGGGGUAUGUGGGCGGUGGGGAUUUGUCAUCAUCAUCUUUCAUUCCCUCCCUUUAUCCACUCUUACCACCAUCACUACCAGCACAGAGUCCAAAAAUGACAUUAUCAUCCCCUCCCAAACUCCAUCUCCCAAUGCCAACCACCCCACCAAACCUGGUACACCAUAUCCUGAAAACUCCCGAAAUCAUCUCCCCACAUUCAUCCACUGCAAGUCCCAAGGCGCUACAGCCCCAACCGACGCCUGUCGACGAGCCGCCAGAAUAUUUUUCUCCCAAGCGUGCACAUAUCCAGGCUCUUUUCUUGUCGCCUACGAAAAUGAAAGAACACCGACAAGGACAAGGACAAGGACAAGGGCAAGGGCAAGAUGGUGGAGGCACUUCGAGACAAAGCUCGUUGGAUUCGUUGACACCUAAUCCAUCGCCUGUUGGGGACGUCGAUUCAACCCGACCUUGGACUUCUUCAUCGCCUCCAUCUUCUUCCAUGUCCGCGUCCCCGCCCACGCCUGUGCCGCCAACAAUAACAGCACCGCCCCAAGAAAAGACUUCUUUGAGCAUUCCUUUGCUGUUACAUUCAGCGUCCACCUCCAGUGCUGUUUCUGAUGGCGGCUACGGCAUCCACGGUGUCCACGGCGUUCACAGCGUUCACAGCGUCCACAGCGUCCACAGCAGUCGCCCCCAAACCCCUGCUACUCUUGGCGUCAUCACCCCAGCCCUAGCGUCACCGGCGCUAAGCUCGAGUAGCAAGACGGAUUUAUUCUUCUCUGCUUCCUCUGCAGAAUUACCUACGCCUCCCCGUGCGUUAUCUCCAGCAUCUGCUUUGGACAAGGAACCUUUUUCUUCUUCUUCUGCUGCUUCUUCGGGUUUGGAUGUGAGUGGUAAUGAGAGAGCUCAAUCGACAACGAUGCCUUCUUCUAGCUUCCCCUCCACGGCCACGUCCGGGGCCGCAAGUUGGAGCGGAAGUGGGAUAUCCACUGUAAAACUGAGGUUACCCACAAGGAAAGAGAGGUUUCGAGAGACAGUCAUCCCGGCCGAAAUGAAGGAUGAGAUGGAUAUAGAUAGAAGUAGGGAAGGAUGGGGUGCACCGUUCGGAAUGGGAUUGGGAGCUGGGUUCGAAGAGAUUAGUACAUCUCGGCUGAGGAGUUUAUCAAAUCCUAUCGCUCCCCCGCCGGCGCAUACUGUCCCUCCAGCACCACCCGCGCCUCUACCUGCACCUCUGCCUUCGUCAUUCACAACGCAGAAUAGCAGUAAUGACGGGGAUAGUCGACCGGAAUUUGCCCGACAGAGUUCUUUGACGCCGACAGUGGUAUCGCCACAAACACCCAGGGCUGGUUUCUUUCCCCUCAAUAAUGCCCGUACCAAAGCCAAUGCGG